AUGGAGGCUUUGCUCCUCGAUGCGCACAAGGUUGGCUUGCAGGGGCCAGAGGUGAGAUGGGCACGGGAUGUCUUGCUCGCUGCAGAGGCCGAGCGGCCUCGCGCUUGCCGCGUUGCAAAGUCUCCCACUCUUGGCGAUGCUUCGCAUGUUCAGGCCGCAGAGUUCCGCAAAAAUGCCGUGAAAUUGGUGGAGGAUGCUGUCGAGUCCGGUGACUACUGGAAGUUGCAGGCAGCAAUGCAAGCCGCAGUUGGCUGCGGUUUGGGACCAGAACAGGCACCUCGGCUGAAGCAAGCGAUGCGGACUCACAAAGCCCGGUCCGAGGCAUCCAGAGAGCUUCGCAAGGCAGCUCAGGUUCGGGAUGUGCCACGCCUACGCACCGCCAUUGAGGGGGCCCUCAAGGUCCACUUAGAAGAGGAUGUCGUGAAGCGAGCUCGCACAGCUCUCCGAGCCUUGCAGGCCAGGGAAUCUGCCCGAAAAGAGCUCCGGCGGGCUGCUGAAGCUAAGGACAUGCCUCGUCUGAAAACAGCCAUUGCGGCUGCUGAGAAAAGCUUCCAGGAGAAGGCACCCGACAUGUGCGGGGACGACCCCACGGAGAAACAAGAGCUGGACGCAGCUCGAGCGGCUCUGCGUGCCCAUGCGGUAAGCAGGCUCUCAAGACUAGCGGAUGCAGAAGACAUCGAAAGCCUGGCCAAAGGUCUUCAGGAGCUUUCGGGACACGGAGUCCCAGCAGAGGACUGGCAGCAGUUCGAACAAAGGCACUCCCAGCUCAAGACACGCCAGCGAUGCCAGGAGAAAUUGGCACAGGCCACGAAGGCUCGAGACAAGGAGGCGAUCUUAGCUGCCAUGGAGGAUGCCAAGGUUGUUCUGGAGCAGAACUCUGAAGUUAUAGAGAUCGCUCAGAAGACGGUGUUCAUGCUCGAGGCUGAGGAGACAAUGGUGAAGACGCGUGCAGAGGUGGCAGAGGAGCUGGCUCGUGCUGUGCACGGCGAGGAUCAGCGGCGAUUGCUGGCAGCUCUUACGGCUGCCGAUGCGGCGGGUUUCACAAGUUCUGAGGUUGCAUUUGCACGGGAGCGCUUGCGGCGACUGCGAGCUCGAGUUGGUGCCGCACAAGAGCUGCGGGAAGCUGCACAUUCAGCAGACAUGUACAGGCUGCGUGCAGCAAUCACAGCUGCCAAAAGAGCAGAAGUGUUGGAGCCAGAACUUGCAGGAGCAAGAGAGGCUCUGCGAUGCUUGGAGUUGCAGGCGGACGUCAGAAGAAGCAUUGAGGCAGCUAUGACCGCCAAAGAUGUGGAGCUGUUAAGGAGAUGCAUCGAGGAUGCAAAGCAAGCAGGGCUGAACCGACAGGAGGUGGCCCGUGCACAGAAGCAGCUGCAGAAGCUUGGACAGUCCAGCGUCGGACGCGAGCUUGCCGAGGCGCUUCAGACAGGCGAUGCUGUGCGGCUGCGAGCAGCUGCCCGAGCUGCAACAGAUGCUGGGAUGACUGGCGCGGAGGUGGACUCGGCAUGGCAUCGGCUUCGAGAGUUGGAGUCCCACAGCUGGCUGAGGCAGCAGCUCGAUGGUGCUCUUGCCAGCAACGACGCCGUCAGGUUGCAGGCGGCCAUCAAGCAAGCCGAGCUCGGAGGUCUUGGUCCGACAGAACUUUCUGCUGCCAAGCGGCAUCUGGAUGCCUUAAACGCUCGUCUUCACGCACGUCAGGAGCUACACUUGGCUCGCACGAGUGGGAAUCCAUACGCGCUUCUGGCUGCAGUGCGGCAAGGACAGGAGGCUGGUCUUCCCCAACAUGAGCUGGAGGUCGCCAGGCGAUCAGCCGAAGCACUGUCCGGCGACAGUGGUCCCGAGACUGUGCCACAGCUGUCAGCACCACCAACACAACCUCAGGUGCAGACCACGCAGUGGCUGGACCAGCCUCCCACGAUUCUGGGAAGCCUGUAUCCCCCACCGUCGCCGUGUAACGGAGCUGCUGGUGAGACAACACAUGACAUCCAGCACAUCCAGCAAAUCCAGCAGCCGGCACGACCUGGCAUUCAAAAACAGCAGUCAUGGCCUCCGGUUCAGCCGGUUCCAGAUUCUCCAUUGUCGGUCGGUGUGCUGACACCUUUCGCCAGCUCGCCUGCCAAACAGGUGCCUGCGCCGCAUUGGACUGCAAUCUGA